AUGGAGGAAAGAAGGAAUACUUUAUGUCUUUAUGGCAAUACUUCUCCUCUUAUUAGCAGCACAAUAGUGUCUCCUCGUGCUGCUGCUGCUGCUGCAGCUGCAGCAGCAGCAGCAGCAGCAGCUGCUGCUGCUGCUGCUGAAUUUUCUCCUUCUUCCUUAGGAGAAGAAGAAAAGGAAGAAAAAUCAUCAGGAGGAGAAGAAAAAGAAGAAAAAGAAGAAAAAGAAGAAAAAGAAGAAAAAGAAGAAAAAGAAGAAAAAGAAGAAAAAGGAGAAAAAGAAGAAAAAGAAGAAUUAUUAGCUGCCUAUACACCGGAAUAUAAUAGGAAUAAAGAGAGUAAGAAAGAAGGAGAAAAAAAAGGAGAAAAAGGAGAAAAAAAAGGCGAAAUAAAUAGAGAAAAAGAAGGAGAAGAAGGAAAUAAACAAAAAGAAGAAGAAGAAGAAAAAGAAAAAGAAGAAGAAAAAGAAGAGGAGGAGGAGGAGGAGGAAGAAGAAGAAGAAGAAGAAGAUGAAUGGGAGUCUGGCCUCCCUCCUGUAUUACCUGCCUAUACACCUGAAUAUAAUUCAUUAAUGCAUGCAUUAAGAAUAGUAUGGGGUAUGUCUUUGCUGCAGCAGCAUAUAGAUCUAUCCUUAACAAAAAAAGAAUUGUUGCUGCUCCUUAUGCAUAAAGAAAAUAAAUCAUUAAGGAGAUGUAAUAGUUAUUAUUUAUCUAGGAGGAGCAGCAGCAGCACCUGCAGCAGCAGCAGCAGCAGCAGCAGCAGUAGUUGUUGUGCUAGUAGCAGUUUAAGCGGCAGAAAUAGCGGUGGUAGUAGUGGUUCUGCUUCUGCUGCUGCUGCAGCAGCAGCAGCAGCAGCAGCAGCAACAACAGAGUACCACCCUCUACAAAUAUUUGCUGCUGCAGGCAUGCGUCUUGCUGCUACACCACCAGCAAGUACUGCUGCUUCUUCUGCUGCUGCUACACCUCCUGCACCACAUAAUAGACAAGCAGGUACUGCAGCAGCAGCAGGUACUGCAGCAGCAGCAGCAACUGCAGCAGCAGCAGCAGCAGCAGCAGCAGCAGGAAGAGGAGGAGUCCAUACAGAUCCUCUUACAACUACAUCUCCUUGUACCUCUCCUACAACAACAAUAUCUCCUCCUGCUGCAGCAGCAACAGCAGCAACAGCAGCAGCAACACCAUCAUCAACAGCAGCAGCAGCACCAGCAGCAGCAGGAGGAGGAGGAGGAGGAGGAGGAGGAGGGAGCUGUGCAUAUGUGUCUCCUUUUAGUACAAAUAUAACGGAGACAGUUGGUGUUUGUCUCCUUGAGUAUCAAGCAUUAGGUGUUGAAUUAUUAUCUACGCAGCUGCUGCUGCAGCAGAGAGCUAACUGCUGCUGCUGCGGUGUACAGACACCUCAUGUUAUAGAUAGAGCAGCAGCUGUGCUGCAGCAAUAUGUUAUACAAGCAGCAAAUAUUAGGGAUCAAUUAAGAUCUGUCCUUCUUAGAUGGAAAAUAAAUGCUGCAGCAGCAGCAGCAGCAGAAAAAAAACAGCAGCAGCAGCAGCAGCAACAGCAGCAACAGCAGCAGCAACUGCAACAACAGCAGCAAACAGCAGCAGUAGAUGUAACGCAACAACAGCAACAAGAACAAGAACAUCAACAAGAACAAGGACCAACAGCAGCAGGACUACCACAACAGCAGCAGCAGCAGCAGCAGCAGCAGCAGCAGCAGCAGGAGAUGUUUAUAGGUAAUUCAUCAAUGAAUAAAAAGUAUAUAAAAAGUUUGCGAUGUCUUGUUGGUGCUGCGGUGUAUGCGCAGCAAGAGAUGCAUGCGUUUGUUGAAUUUACUAGGAAUAAUGCAUUAAGACAGAGUGCUGCUGCUGCAGCAGCAGCAGCAACAGCAGCAGCAGCAGCAGCAGCAGCAGCAGCAGCAGCAGCAGCAGCAGCAGCAGCAACAUCAUCAUCAUCAUCAUCUGCUGCAGCAGCACCAUCUACAACAGCAGCAACAUCUACUGCAGCACCAUCUACUGCAGCAGCAUCUACAGCAUCUGCUGCUGCUGCUGCUGCUGCAGCAGCAGCAGCAGCAGCAGCAGCAGAUGGAUAUAAAUAUAGAGAAUUAAGAUUGAAUUUAAUAAGAGAAGUAGCAAAUAAACAACUAAUUCCCCUUGAGGUGUAUCUGCUGUUUAUUCCUCCUGCAUGCAAUCUGCAGCAAAGCCCCAUUCCUCUUCUUACUAGGCAGCAGCAAUACUAUACACCCCCUACACAACUAUUUAAUGCUGCACUAAGAAAUGCAGCAGCAGCAGCAGCAGCAGCAGCAGCAGCAAGUAAAGGUGCAGCAACAGGUGCAGCAACAGGUGCAGCAACAGGUACAGCAACAGGUGCAGCAACAGCAACAGGUGCAGCAACAGGUACUGCAGCAGAAGGUGCAGCAACAGAAGGUACUGCAGCAAAAGGUGCCGCAGCAUCAGGAGAUGCAGCAGCAGCAGAAGAUGCAGCAGCAGCAGGUGCAGCAACAGCAGGUGCAGCAACAGCAGCAGGAGAUGCUGCUGUUGCUGAGGGAGACAAGAGAGGAGACAAAUAA